AUGGGUCAACGAGCAAGUACGAAAGAUAAAUCCAAUGAUCCAUUCAACAAUGAAAACCGUCUACCGUCAUGCACCCAUGAUUCAUCAUCCUUGUCUAGAAAUUUAUCAUCCACUUGUUGUAAACAACAUGUUCUUUUAACAUUUGGUUCGGACAUUUCAACUUUUAAAAACGUUGAAGAAUUAAAAUUCUCAAACCCGAAUUGGCAUUCAUCACUUCAUUCUGCCAUCCUUCAUAAUCAACAACAACAAUCAAAUUCGAAAAGUGGAUCUCGUUCAUUGAUCACGAAAAAACUUCGAAAAAAUUCAAAUUCUUCUUCAUCAUCAUCAUCGUCUUCAUCGUCUUCAUCGAAUCAAGAAUUUGGAAAUGCACCAAAUUUUUACAAAUUCCAAACAUUGAACGAAACUGAAUCUUUUACAAUCAAGAGUGUGAGUUCUGGUAAAGGUUUUGCUGCGUUAUUGACACACGAUGGAAGAUUAUUUGCGUGUGGAAAAUUACCAUACACCUCUGAGAGUGAAAUGAGUGAAUUGCAUCGAGUGGUUGCGUGGAAUAAUAAGAAGGAAAAAGUGGAAUUGUUUUCUGAGGUUGCGUGUGGAAUGUAUUUCAUGAUGGUCUUGUCACACGAUCGGAAAACUUUAUUAUCUGCUGGACAGAAUGAAUGUGGUCAAAGAGGAAUUGGACGAGGUGGAGUUUUAGAUUUCAAAGAGUGUUGCUUUAAAGAUCUCGAUCGAGAAAACACCUGUUCCAAUAUUAAAAAAAUUACAUGUGGCUAUCAACACACCAUGAUUCUCAUGAAUGACGAUAACUUUAUUGGAACAGGAUGUUCCUUUCAAAACCAAUUAGGAACCAUAGAAUCUGGUAUUUGUUACGAAUUUAUGAAACUCGAUCGUCCGAAAACAGCAAAUUCUUGCAAGUUUAAGGAUGUUCAAGCAGGAUUUUUUUUCACAGUUUGUUUAGAUGAACACGGAAUGGUGUAUGUGACGGGAUUGAGAGCUCACUCGAAUUUGGUCGAUGCUCAUACUUGGACCAAGCUUUCAACGUUUGUGGAUAAUCCAGUCGAGAGCAUGUGUGUGUCGUGUUCUAAUUCAUUCUUUGUGACAAGAGGUGGAACGACUUUUACAAAUUGGAAUGCUGACAAUAUUCCUUCGAAUAAUGAGAGUUUGAUAUCAUUGAGUCCAGAGAUGGGACCAAUUAAGAGAGUUUUUGGAAAGGAAUGUUUCUUUGCUGUGAACAUGAAUAAUGAAGUGUUUGUGUCGAGUUCGAAUGGAGCUCAGGGACUUCCUCCUAACAAUUCAUCGAAAGAACAUUGGAUCAAACAUAUUCCUCUCAUGCAACAUGCAGCCAUGUGCGAUGAUAUUUCAGUGGUGGAUGCAUUUUCAUUUUGUGUGUAUAUUCUGACUCGUGAUGAAGGAGUUUUGAAAAAUAAUUUACUGACAAUUCUCAAUACUCAAUACCAACAACAGGACGAGGAGAAUGAUAAGAACUACUUCUUUGAUAUUGAAAUUCGACACCAAUGCGUGUGA